AUGGAGGAAGCUGCGCGACAGACCAACAAGAUCAUUGCCCGUGAAUUCGCAACGCCACCUCAAUCCUCGAAGCUCCGUGAUGCAGCAGCAGCAGCAUCAGCGGUGACGUUUGAUCCCCUUUCACUCGGUCUUGAAGAAGACUUUGUGCUGACGAAUUUCAGCGCCCUCAAAGGCUGUGGCUGCAAACUCCCUCAAGCCAAACUCCUUGGCUAUCUGGACAACGUGAUGCCGAACGACGUGAAGCCCAACGAGACACCAGGAAUGGACUCGAGUGUGGUCAAGCUCUCGCACGGCUCGGAUCUGUAUCUCGUGUCGACCACGGAUUUCUUCUUCCCUUCGGUCGAAGACCCUUACGUCCAGGGCCAAAUCGCCUGUGCCAACGUCCUAUCGGACGUCUACGCCAUGGGCGUCACGGACGUCGAUACGAUGCUCAUGAUCCUGGGCGUCUGUCGUGACAUGACCGAGAAACAGCGCGACGUUGUUACGACCGAGAUGAUCCGUGGCUUUAAUGACCUGGCGCGCCGGGCGCAGACAAACGUCACGGGUGGCCAGACAGUGAUGAAUCCGUGGCCUAUUGUUGGUGGCGUCGCUAUGAGCGUCCGAAGCGAGACGCAGAUUAUUCGUCCCGAGAACGCGGUUGUGGGAGACGUGAUCAUCCUGACGAAACCUCUUGGCACGCAAGUUGCUGUGAACGUGUUCCAAUGGAAGAAAAAGCCCGAGCAGUGGCAGCGUGUGAACCACGUCGUGACGCCCCGUGAUGCCGACGUAGCCUUCCAGAUGGCGUCGGAAUCAAUGGGCCGACUCAACCUGAACGCAGCCAAGAUGAUGCAUAAGCACGGUGCGCACUCUGCGACCGACGUGACAGGCUUCGGUCUUCUUGCACACGCACGCAACCAAGCCAAGUCUCAGCUGGCAAACGUCUCCUUCGAGCUGCACACGCUCCCGAUUAUCAAGAACAUGGUCAAGGUGAACGAAGUCAUCGGGAACUCGUUUAGGCUCCUGGAUGGCUUUGCAGCAGAGACAUCGGGUGGACUGCUACUUUGUCUGCCGGCAGAGAACGCGGAUGCGUUCAUCAAAGAGCUGCGUGAGCUGGAUGAGAAGCCUGCGUGGAUCGUGGGCCGCGUUAUUGCUGGCUUAAAUGACGCGUGCAUUGUGCCGAACCCAACCAUCAUCGAAGUCUCGCCGGAGGACUAA